AUGGAUAUUGUGGUUGGCGGUGCCGGCGUGUUUUUUCUUACUAGCUCAAAACCUAACUCAAAAGCUAGGAGAGAAGCAGAAAAAUAUCUCUUAGAAAAAAGUGAUAAACAUAAUGAAAAGGAAGAAGUAAUUGCUGCUAAAAAAAUGUUAAAAGAUAGCGAAUAUUAUAUUAGUAUUGUUGAGAAUAUGAAUAAAGAAGAAAUUCAGUUAUUAAACCUAGAAACAGGUAAAAAAGCUCUCAGUGCUAGCACUCUUACUAAAUUUUUGCGCGAAGAGGAAUUUAAAGAGAUACCUAAAUAUAUUCUUUUAAAAGCGGCUGAGAGGGGUAAAAUUUUUCAUAAGGCUGUUCAAGAUUUCAUCCGAACUGGCAAACAUCCCCUUUUUGUUGAUUCAGAAGUAGUAGAUAAAUUGAGCAAGGUAGAGCAAAAAAUUCAUGAAACAAUUAACUUUCUCAAAAAAAAUGACCCUUUGAAACUUAAUGGUUUUUUAGGCAACGAAAAACUUCACUACGUUUUUUACAAAGGUGAAUUACUAGCGACCUAUUUAGAUUUAGAAUUUCAUGAUUACAUUGUGGAGUUAAAAACUAGAGUUGUUCUUAAUCACUUUCAAGUAUCAGAUUACUCUUUAAAAAUAUUGGAUGUGCUUAUUGAAUUUGCUCGUAACAAUGAUAGUUAUUCACCAGCAAUAAAGAAGGCCGAUGGAAUUUGUUUAGGAGAAUAUGAAAAACAAAAUGUAGGCAAAAAGAGGGAAGAAGUAACUGAAUUAGAUAUUAACAAUAAAGAAUUAGAGGGAAAAUUAGACCUAAGUGGAUUUAAAAACUUAAAAAAACUAAAUUGCUCUUACAACAAACUUACUUCUUUGAACAUAGUUGAUAGUAAUAAUUCGUUAGAGGAAUUAGUUGCUAAUGAUAACCAAUUAAGCCAACUUACUUGGAACUUCAAAACUCCUACUAAUUUAAAAUCUCUAGAUAUAAGAAAUAGUGGCAUUAGACUAUCAUUGAUGGGAGAUAUUAGUUAUAUUAAUAAAAUUUUCCGAGAAAACGAUGCUGAUAAAUGUGACUUUGUUAAUCUAGAAAAACUAGACUGCAGUGAUAAUGAACUAGCAAAAAUUAUUCUAAAAAAUAACAAAAAAUUAGUUAGUCUUUAUUGUAAAAAUAAUAAGUUAACUAGUUUAGACUUAAGCGGUUGUGAAAAUUUAGAAGUAUUAAUAGCAGAUAAUGGAGAGCACGGAAGCUUUAAUGAACUUUCUGACACUAGUUUUUUAGAGAAAUUACCGAAAGAAAAAUUAAAAGUUUUACAUUUAGCUGUCAACAAUAUUAAAAGUGAUCUAAAACCUUUCUCUCGUUUUAUUAAUUUAGAAAAUUUAGAUUUAGGAAUGAGUGGUUACUCAAAAGAAGUCACAGAAAAAAGAGGUAACAAAUUAAGUGGUUCACUAGAACCUUUAAAAAAUUUAACUAAAUUAAAGAGAUUAUUCAUUUCUAAUACCGACAUCGAGGGUGAUAUUAAAGAUUUGCUCAAUAAUAUAGAAGAAAUCUACUGUUCCAGUGAAGAAAGACUAGAAAGUAAAGUAGAAAAUAUUGCUGAACAACUCAGAGAAGACUCUCGCUUUAUUUUAGAAGGAAACAGGUAUGUAAAAAAACAAACUAUUCAGGAAUCAUUUGAUAAAAGUUAUUUAAACAAAGAAGAAGUAAAAGAAAUUGAUUUAUCAGAACUAGUAUUUACUGAAGAAGGCGAACUUAAAAUAGAAAAUAAUAGAGAGUUAAAUUUAAAUGAUUGUCCGAAAUUAACUAAAAUUGAUUGUUAUUACAACCAAUUAGAGGAAUUCAGUAUUAAAAACUGUCCGAAAUUAGAGGAAGUUGACUUUUCUUAUAAUAAACUGAAAGAAAUAAAAAUAAAUCUAAAAGAAUUACCUAAUUUAAAGAAACUUGACUGCUCAGAUAAUAAACUUGCUGAUUUAGGACUUUCUUCUGAGAAAUUGAAAUAUUUAGAGGAAAUAAACAUUAGCAACAAUGAUGGUCUUUCUGAACUGGAUGGAAAAUUAAAAAAAGACAAUAGUUUUCUUUUUCAUAAUAACAAAUAUGUAAAAAAACAAGAUGCUCAAAAAUGGUUGGAUGAGAAUUUUCCUGAAGAUGGAGUAAGUAAGUUUCCAGGAUGCGAAGAUCUAGAAAGGAGCAAGAUAAAAAAGUUGGAUAUUAGUGAAAGAGGUUUAGUUGGAGAAUUAAAUUUGGACGGAUUUGUUAGUUUAGAAGAAUUGGAUUGUGGCAGUAACGAACUUAAAAAACUAGACGUAGACAAUUGUUUGGAAUUAAAGAUAAUUAGUUGUCUUGAAAAUCAAUUGACUAAUUUAGAUCUUAGUAAUUUGUCACAAUUAGAAGAAAUUACGUGUCGAGAUAACCUUUUGACUGAUAUAAAAUAUCCCUCAGAUUUCAAAAAACUAACUGGUUUAAGUAUAAGGAAAAAAUUAACUAAAUUGGAAAGCAUUCAUAUCUCAAAUACUGAUGUCAAUGAAGUCGAUAUUAAAAGUUUAUCUGAAAACUUACCGAAUUUAAAAGAAAUUCAAUGUUCGGUAGAAGAAAGACCUUCUUCUAAAUUAAAAGAGAUCAAAGAAGAGUUAGACUUAUAUCAAAAAAAAAUAGACAAAAGUAAUACUAAAAAACGUUUAAAUGAAAUGUAUCCUGAUAAGUCUGCUAAAGUAUUAGAUUAUCUUUACUCAGAAAGUUUAAGAGGCUCUCUAGACCUAAGUGAAUAUAAGGAUUUAGAGGUAUUAGAUUGUCACGAUAAUGAACUAACUAGCAUAGAUAUAAGCAAAAAUAAUAAAUUAAAAAAGUUAGAUAUUAGUGAUACAGAUAUAAGUUUUGGUUUAGAACAAUUUCCUGACAGUCUCGAAGAAAUUAUUUGUUCAUUUAAAGGCGAAAGGAAGGUAAAAGAGUUGGCUAAACAAUUAGAGCCUUAUGCUAAACGAUUAGAUAAAGACUAUCCAAAAGAAAAUAGAAGAAAAGAAACUAAUUUAGAUAUCAGUAAAAAAAAAUUAGCAUGGAAAUUAAAACUAGAAGUUUUUACUAGUUUAGAAUCAUUGAAUUGUUCUGAAAAUAAACUAACUAGUUUAGAUUUAAAUGAUUGUCCGAAGUUAACUAAAAUUGAUUGCUCAAAUAAUAGUUUUACUGACCUUGGUUUUCUAAGAUUGGGGAAUAAAUCAGUAGGUAAGGAAAGAAAAGAAGGAUUUGACUACAAGAAGUUGAAGAAAUUAGCAAUAUCUAAUAACAAAUUUUCUUCUCAAAGUUUAGAACAGUUAAAAAAUUUCACUGAAUUAACUGAGUUAGAUAUUAGUGGUUGUAAUUUUGAAGGAAGUUUAGAGCCUCUAGGAAGUCUAACUAAAUUAGAAGAAAUAAAUAUUAGUAACACUAACAUUGAGCGAGGUUUAGAAUAUUUACCUGAUAGUUGCAAAAAACUUUAUUGCAAUCGGAAACUUAAAUGUAGAUCAGCGAAAUUAGUUAAAGAACUCGGCAAAUACUUGAAAGGCAAUAUAAGUAAAUUUCAUGAUAAAUGGGGGGAGAAAGGAGAAAAUGGUUUAAGCAGGUUAAGUAACUUACAAACUCCUGAACAAUUUACGUUAAAUGAUGAUUAUAAUCAAAUAGGUGGAGCCAUUGGUAUAGUUUCUACUGCUACAGAAACAGUUACUUCUCUAAUUAAAGAAAAUCUCUAUGAAAAUAAGAAAAAAGAUCUUGAUGAACUAGUAGGGUUGCUUAAGCCUCUUCAAAUUACUAAAUUAGAAGAUGGAAAGGUGAAUGGAAAACUUAAAGAGUUAAGCGGUGACAUAUACCAUUUUUUCUCAAUGUACGACAUUGAUGGUGAUGGAGAGAUUGAUCAUACCGAGUUAAAGCAAGUAGAAGAUUUUCUAAAAAAGAAUGAUUUUAAACUUGAUUAUAAUUUGGACAAGAGAAUAAAAAAAUUGAAGAAAAUUGAAGAGCUUAAAGAAUUUGCCGAAUGUUUUCAAAACAAAAAAGAAAAAUUGGAAAGAAUUACUCAAGAGAUUAAGGAAGGGUUAAAAGAAGAAGCAGAAGACAUAGCAGAGAAAAAGGAUAUCUCAGAGACAAUGUCAAAUCAAAUUGAAAAUUCUGCUCUUUCCAGUAAUUGGUUAAAAAAACCAAUGUUUGCUACUAUUUUUGGAGAGAAAGGUGAAAAAGAUGCUUUAUCAGCAAAUUUAGAACUAGUUAAAGAUGAAGAGUUGAAUAAUGAAGAAACUGGGAAACAAGAAGUGUCUAUAAAUGUUCAUCAAGACCUUCAAGAACAAUCUUCUACUCAAAACCAAAUAGAGCAACCACCUAAAUAA